AUGUAUAAGAAUGAUGCUAGACCCAAGGCCAAAUUCAUCAUGUGGCUGCAGCUACAAGACAAGCUUCUCACUACUGAUAGGCUAGCAAAAUGGGUCAUAGCUCUUGACUUAGAAUGUGUCAUGUUCCAUACUCAACCUGAAAGUAGAAAUCAUUUAUUCAUGGACUGUGAUUUCACCAGAGCAGUGUGGAAUAGGAUUCUCCUAUGGCUUCAGAAGCAGGAACGGCCAACCACUGGAUGGGAUCAACAUGUAGCUUGGAUAAUCCAGAAUGUAAAAGGGAGGACUCAACAAGCACACAUCUUCAAAAGUGUCUAUGCAGAAUGUGUCUAUGCCAUUUGGAUGGAGAGAAAUCAGAGGAUCUUCGAAAAGAAAUCAAGGAACUGGGAGAUUAUAGCUAGAGAGAUUGCCUACUUGUCCAAUGUUAGAGCAUCUCAUGCAAUUCCUCUUCAUUCGCAUGCUUCUUCUGUUACUGUGUUCAACAGAUUGAACUUCUCUGAAUGGCAUGAACAAGUCAAGUUCCACUUAGGUGUAAUGGAUCUUGAUAUGGCUCUGUUGAAUGAUAAUCCCGCUGCCAUUACUU